GCGGGGGGCUGCGCUACUCCCGGCGCCUGCUGGAGCGGCUGCGGGAGCUGGGCGUGCAGCCGGUGGUCACCCUGUACCACUGGGACCUGCCCCAGCGCCUGCAGGACGCCUACGGCGGCUGGGCCAGCCGCGCCCUGGCCGACCACUUCAGGGAUUACGCGGAGCUCUGCUUCCGCCACUUCGGCGGCCAAGUCAAGUACUGGAUCACCAUCGACAAUCCCUACGUGGUGGCCUGGCACGGCUACGCCACCGGGCGCCUGGCCCCCGGCGUCCAGGGCAGCCCGCGGCUCGGGUACCUGGUGGCGCACAACCUCCUCCUGGCUCAUGCCAAAAUCUGGCAUCUCUACAAUGCUUCUUUCCGUCCAACUCAGGGAGGGCAGGUGUCCAUUGCUUUGAGCUCCCACUGGAUCAAUCCUCGGAGAAUGACUGACCAUAGCAUCAAAGAAUGUCAAAAGUCUCUUGACUUUGUCCUGGGCUGGUUUGCCAAGCCCAUAUUUAUUGAUGGUGACUAUCCUGACAGCAUGAAGAAUAAUCUUUCAUCUCUUCUGCCUGAGUUUACUGAGUCCGAGAAAAAGUUCAUCAAGGGAACGGCUGACUUUUUUGCUCUGUCCUUUGGACCUACCUUGAGUUUUCAACUACUGGACCCUCACAUGAAGUUCCGCCAGUUAGAAUCUCCCAGCCUGAGGCAACUGCUUUCCUGGAUUGACCUUGAAUAUAAUCAUCCUCAAAUAUUUAUUGUAGAAAAUGGUUGGUUUGUCUCAGGGACCACCAAGAGAGACGAUGCUAAAUAUAUGUAUUACCUCAAAAAGUUCAUAAUGGAAACCUUAAAAGCCAUCAGGCUGGAUGGGGUGGACGUCAUCGGGUACACGGCAUGGUCCCUCAUGGACGGUUUCGAGUGGCACAGAGGUUACAGCAUCAGGCGUGGUCUCUUCUAUGUCGACUUUCUAAGCCAGGAGAAGAAGUUGUUGCCGAAGUCUUCAGCCUUGUUCUACCAAAAGCUGAUAGAGAAAAAUGGCUUCCUUCCUUUACCUGAAAAUCAACCCCUAGAAGGGACAUUUCCCUGUGACUUUGCUUGGGGAGUUGUUGACAACUACAUUCAAGUAGACACCACUCUGUCUCAGUUUACCGAUCAGAAUGUUUACCUGUGGGAUGUCCACCACAGCAAGAGGCUUAUUAAAGUGGACGGGCUUGUGACCAAGAAGAGGAAAUCCAAUUGUGUUGACUUUGCCGCCAUCCGACCCCAGAUUGCCUUGCUCCAGGAAAUGCAUAUUUCGCAUUUUCACUUCUCCCUGGACUGGGCCCUGAUCCUCCCCCUGGGUAACCAGUCCCAGGUAAAUCACACCAUCCUGCACUACUAUGGCUGUGUGGUCAGCGAGCUUGUGCGUGCCAACAUCACCCCGGUGGUGGCCCUCUGGCAACCUGCAGCCUUCCACCAGGGGCUGCCGCGUCCCCUGGCCAGGCAGGGCGCCUGGGAGAACCCCUAUACCUCCCUGGCUUUCGCAGAGUACGCCACACUAUGUUUUAAGGAGCUGGGUCACCACGUCAAGUUUUGGAUCACGAUGAAUGAGCCGUACACACGGAACAUGACAUACAGUGCCGGGCACAAUCUUCUGAAGGCCCAUGCGUUGGCUUGGCGUGUGUAUGAUGAAAAGUUCAGGCGUGCUCAGAAGGGGAAAAUAUCCAUUGCCUUGCUGACUGACUGGAUAGAGCCAGCCUGUCCCUUCUCUCAAAAGGACAAAGAAGUGGCCGAGAGGGUUUUGGAAUUCGACAUUGGCUGGCUAGCAGAGCCCAUUUUCGGCUCUGGAGAUUAUCCACGGGUGAUGCGGGACUGGCUGUACCAAAGAAACAACUUCCUCUUACCUUAUUUCACUGAAGAUGAAAAAAAACUAAUCCAAGGCACCUUUGACUUUUUGGCUUUAAGCCAUUACACCACCAUCCUUGUAGACUGGGAAAAAGAAGACCCGGUAAAAUAUAACGAUUACCUAGAAGUGCAAGAAAUGACUGACAUCACCUGGCUCAACUCUCCAGGUCAGGUGGCGGUCGUGCCCUGGGGGUUACGCAAAGUGCUCAACUGGCUGAAGUUCAAGUAUGGAGACCUUCCCGUGUACAUCACGUCCAAUGGGAUUGACGAUGACCUGCACUCCGAGCAAGACGAGUUGAGGGUGUAUUACAUGCAGAAUUAUGUAAAUGAAGCUCUCAAAGCUUACACAUUGGAUGGUGUCAACCUUUGUGGAUACUUUGCCUAUUCUUUUAACGAUCGUACAGCUCCAAAGUUUGGCCUUUAUCGUUAUGCUGCAAAUCAGUUUGAGCCCAAACUGUCCAUGAAACAUUACAGAAAAAUUAUCGACAACAAUGGUUUCCCAGGACCUGAAACCAUGGGGAGAUUUUGUCCAGAAGAAUUCAGCAUGUGUAGUGAGUGCAGCUUUUUUCAAACACGAAAAUCUUUACUGGUUUUCAUAGCCUUUAUAUUUUUGGCUUUUAUUAUUUCUCUUUCCCUGAUUUUUUACUACUCGAAGAAAGGCAGAAGAAGCUACAAAUAAUUCGGAACAUUUCCCUAUUCAUUUGUUUUGAAGUAAUUAUGCACACGUCUGCUGUUAACCAUUUGCACACCUCAGUGUUGUGAAACUGUAAAUUUCACACAUCUGACUUUCAGAAAAAUGUUUUGUGGCCCAUGGUAGAGGUUUUGAAAAGGGCAGAAUAACAUAAAUAAUGCCUGAAUUUGUUCUCCUUUGGGUGAUUAAAAAACCAACAGGCCCUAUAAUUUCUGUAACACACUGUAAUGAAAAAUGUGAAAAUGGUAAUCAAACCAAUGCAACAACAUCAGUACAAAAAAUUUGAAUGACAAGUUUAGGAACAUUUUCAUCUGUGCCCAUUCCUAAAUGUAAUGUUUUUCUUGAAGUAUUGAUUGCGAGCGUUAGAAUAAAAAGUUAAGUUCCAAGUAGCCAUCUCUCAACUGCCCUGAUAAUGCCUAACAAAUGUUCCUCUGUCAAUUCAAAUUUCUCAUGAAAAAGAAGGUGGCGGAUGUAGUAGAGAUGACAAAAGGCCCCAGACUGGAAUGUUCCUUUUAAACACAGUGGUUCUGUCAAAUACGGCUAAUGUUAAUUAAUAGUAAUAUGCAUCUGGUUAAUGGCAUACUUAGAGAGAAAACUAUGGAACUCUAUGUUUCAUAAGACUUUUGAGGCACUCUAUAAAUCCCGGUCACUGAGAGCUUUGUCUCACUGGUACCUUGUUUGGGGCCUUGCACAUAGAAGACUUUUCAUAAACAUUUGCAGAAAAAUAAACAUGAAUCGUGAGAUACUGGGCUUUUCAGGAAGCAUAAAACGAAAUACAGCAUACUUCAGUGACUGUAGGUGUAGGAAAGGAGGAAAAAGUAUUUAUUAUAAGCAAAUUGUGAUUAAUAUGAUUAUACACCGUUCUCUUUUUGAGCAGAACUUGGGUGGGAUAAAUGAAAUGACCUUUCCUGAGAGAGUAAAGACGAAAUAGCAACUCAUUCUCUGAUGAGUGACACCAUUUUCUGUUCUUUAGAUAUGCUGUAAUUUCUUUGAAUUGAUAGUUAUGAACCUUCCUAGAAGGUUCAAAAGGAAUCUAGUCUGAAUAAACACUGGAAGAUUUGUUUUUGUGAUCACUGAGGUCCAUUUUGUGUCUUUGCAGCUACUUCUGUGAAAGUAGCUUUGAACUAGUUUUGCCUUGAACUUUUACACUGAAACAUACUACUGAUUUGUAGAAAGGGCUAAUUAGGUCUUAUUCUUUAAUGUUCCUUAAAUAAGUCUUGCUGAUUUUCAGACAAGGAAGUCUCUGUUACACUGGAGCUGUUUUAUAGAUAAGUCAAUAUCAUAUUGGGCAAGAUAAACCCAUGUCAUAACAGGCAUUACUAAUCUGCCUGACAGGGUCAUAGUAUACACUGGAUAAAAUACUGCACUGGAUAAUAUAUCAUCUAUAGAGAUGACAUGAUUUUUUUUUUCAUGAAAGAUAAGCUUUUGGUGGUAUACAUUUGAAAUUUUGACUUAUUAAAAUUGAUAAUCAAUACUUUAUUUUAUGUAUAUAUUUUCUAAUUAUAAGAGUAAUAUAUUAUCAGAAAAAAAUUUUAAAAACAGAAACUAUAUGUAAAGAAUAAUUAAAAUUAUCUAUGAUCUCACAACCCAGAGGUAGCCACUAUUAACACUUCCUAUAUAUUUUAUUCUACAUAGAGUCAGAUCAUGUUCUAUAUACUUAUGUGUCCUUAUUAAUUUUUAUUGUAUAACUUUCCUUUGUCAUUAUUCUUCAAAAGCAUGAUUUUUAAUAAUUAUAGAAUAUUCCACUAUAUGAAUGUAUCACAACUUAUUAACUAUUCUUAUUUGUUAGUUUCUUAUUAAUUACUGUUAAGUAAUGAAUAUUGUUUAAAAAUGAUUUUCUUACUGCUGCAUUUACUUUAAUUUCCUUGAGUGUCGAGAGGAGUAAUUCUGCUCCUUGAUAAGUAUUAUAAUAAAUCUGCCUGCAACUUUGCUUUCUUUCAUAAUCA